AUGGAGAAAAUUUUAAAAUUGGAUAAAGAUGAGGACGGAUUGCCCACGGACCCAAAUCAGUACUGCAGGCUAAUUGGAAGGUUGCUUUACUUGCAAGCAACAAGACCCGAUAUCACCUAUGUUGUUAAUGUGUUGAGUCAAUUUGUCAGCAAUCCUAAGCAAAGUCAUUUAGAAGCUACUUACCGGGUCUUAAGGUAUCUUAAGGCAACUGCGGGUCAGGGAAUCCUCUUGGCCAAAGAGGGUGGGAAUAACCUGAUCGUGUAUUGCGACUCAGACUGGUUUAGAUGCCCCUUCACUCGAAGAUCACGAACUGGAUACUUGUUGCUUUUUGGGGGAGCACCAAUCUCUUGGAAGACAAAGAAACAAUCGGUUGUUUCCAGAUCGUCAGCCGAAACAGAAUAUAGAGCCAUGACAACCACUGUUAGCGAGAUUCUGUGGAUGAGGUGGCUGCUAAACGAACUUGAAAUCCUACCUAGCGGACUAAUCAAUUAUUCUAUGACAACCAAGCAGCCCGCCAUAUAG